UUUUUCCGAACCGACCUUUUUCGUGCUGCGCUGAAACACAAACACGAGGUCUUCAACGCGUCUGUCAAAGCUCUAUAUAAGAAGGAGCAGGUCCCCCCUGAACUUCUACUGAACAGUCACCAUGAAGUUCGUGAUCUUGGCUUUGUUUGUUGCUGGUGCCUACGGGUGCGGCCUGCCCACCUUUCCCCCCACCAUCACCAGGGUGGUUGGUGGAGAUGAUGUUCGUGAGAACAGUUGGCCCUGGCAGGUGUCUCUGCAGUACAAGAGUGGCAGCAACUUCUACCACACCUGCGGCGGCACUCUGAUUUCCAGCCAGUGGGUGCUCACUGCUGCUCACUGCAUCAGCAGUCGCACGUACAGAGUCUACCUGGGAAAACACAAUCUGGAGAAUGACAACGAGUCCGGUUCCAUUGCCAUCAGCCCCGCCAAGAUCGUCGUCCACGAGAAUUGGGACUCCUACAGAAUCCGUAACGACAUUGCCCUGAUCAAGCUGGCGACUCCCGUCGUCUUCUCUGACAGCGUCAUGGCCGCCUGUCUUCCCAACUCUGGGGACAUCCAGCCUCAUGGAGCUCCUUGCUACGUCACUGGCUGGGGACGCCUCUGGACUGGAGGUCCUAUUGCCGACAUCCUGCAGCAGGCCCUCCUCCCUGUGGUCAGCCACUCCACCUGCACCAGGUCUGACUGGUGGGGCAGCCUGGUCACCAACAGCAUGGUCUGUGCUGGAGGAAACGGAGACCUCGCUAGCUGCAAUGGAGACUCUGGCGGUCCCCUGAACUGUCAAAGCCCCGAUGGCUCCUGGGAGGUCCACGGUGUGGUGAGCUUCGGCUCAAGCAUGGGCUGCAAUUACCCCAAGAAGCCCUCUGUCUUCACCAGGGUCAGCGCCUACAUCCCCUGGAUCAACGAUGUGAUGACCAGAAACUAGAGAUGUUGGACCGGUGUGUGUCAUUGUUUGUUGUUGUACUUGAUCAUCAAAUAAAGAAUGUAGUAGGUAA